GAAGGUCGGGUAAAAGCGGCGGCCGGGCGGCUCGGGGAAGAAGCGGAGGGAGGAGUUGGCGACGCCGCGGCCGUCGCGGUCGCCGCCGCCGUCGCCGCCAUCGCCGCCGUGGCUACUGUGACUUCUCCUGGUGUGUGAGAUCGGAGCCUACGCGCCUGGAUUUGUCGCCGCCACCGGCUGCGUAGCUCCGGAGGUUUAACCAUAGGACAGAAAAAACAGGAAUGUAAAGAAGAAAUCAAAAUGGAUCCAAGUAUGAGUGUGAAUUCUGUCACCAUCUCUAUUGAGGGGAUGACAUGUAGUUCCUGUGUUUGGACCAUUGAACAGCACAUUGGAAAACUGAACGGUGUACAUCACAUUAAAGUUUCACUGGAAGAAAAAAAUGCAACCAUUAUUUAUGACCCUAAACUGCAGACUCCAAAGACCCUACAGGAAGCCAUUGAUGACAUGGGCUUUGAUGCUGUUCUGCACAAUCCUAAGCCGCUCCCUGUUUUAACUGAGACCGUGUUUCUGACUGUUACUGCUUCACUGGCUCCGCCAUGGGAGCAUAUCCAAAGCACAUUGCUCAAGACGAAGGGCGUGACAGACAUUAAAAUUUCCCCUCAGCAGAGAACUGCAGUGGUGAUAAUAAUCCCUUCUAUAGUGAAUGCCAGUCAGAUAGUAGAGCUGGUUCCGGCUCUCAGUUUAGAUACAGGAACUCUUGAGAAAACGUCAGGAAUUUGCGAAGAUUUCAGUAUGGCUCAAGCAGGCGAAGUCAUGCUGAAGAUGAAGGUGGAAGGGAUGACCUGCCAUUCAUGUACUAGCACCAUUGAAGGAAAAAUUGGGAAACUGCAAGGUGUUCAGCGAAUUAAAGUUUCCCUGGACAAUCAAGAAGCUACUGUUGUUUAUCAACCUCAUGUUAUCACAGCAGAGGAAAUAAAAAAGCAGAUUGAAGCUGUGGGCUUUCCAGCAUUCAUCAAAAAACAGCCCAAGUACCUCAAAUUGGGAGCUAUUGAUAUAGAACGUCUAAAGAACACACCAGUCAAAUCCUCAGAAGGAUCACAGCAAGGGAGUCCAUCAUAUACCAGUAAUUCAACAGUCGUUUUCAUCAUAGAUGGCAUGCACUGUAAAUCAUGUGUGUCAAAUAUUGAAAGUGCUUUAUCUGCACUCCAAUAUGUAAGCAGUGUAGUCGUUUCUUUAGAGAAUAGAUCUGCCACAGUAAAGUAUAAUGCAAGUUUAGUCACUCCAGAAACUCUGAGAAAAGCAAUAGAGGCCAUAUCACCAGGGCAAUAUAGAGUUAGUAGUACAAAUGAAAUUGAGAGUACUUCAAACUCUCCCUCCAGCUCAUCUCUUCAGAAGAGUCCUUUGAACAUAGUUAGCCAGCCUCUGACUCAAGAAACCGUGAUAAACAUUGAUGGCAUGACUUGUAAUUCUUGUGUGCAGUCUAUUGAGGGUGUCAUAUCAAAAAAGGCAGGUGUAAAAUCCAUACGAGUAUCACUUGCAAAUGGCAAAGGGACUGUUGAGUAUGAUCCUUUACUAACCUCUCCAGAAACCUUGAGAGAAGCAGUAGAAGACAUGGGAUUUGAUGCUUCCUUGUCAGAUACAAAUGAGCCACUGGUAGUACUAGCUCAGUCCUCACCGGAAGUGCCACUUUUGACCUCAACUAAUGAAUUUCAUACCAAAAUGAUGACACCAAUUCAUGACAAAGAGGAGGCAAAGACUUCAUCUAAGUGUUACAUACAGGUCACUGGUAUGACUUGUGCUUCCUGUGUAGCAAACAUUGAACGGAAUUUAAGACGAGAAGAAGGAAUAUAUUCUGUACUUGUGGCUCUGAUGGCUGGGAAGGCAGAAGUAAGAUAUAACCCUGCUGUCAUACAACCCCCGAUGAUAGCCGAGUUAAUCCGAGAGCUUGGAUUUGGAGCCACUGUGAUAGAAAAUGCUGAUGAAGGGGAUGGUGUUUUGGAACUUGUUGUGAGAGGAAUGACAUGUGCCUCCUGUGUACAUAAAAUAGAGUCUACCCUCACAAAACAUGGAGGGAUCUUCUACUGCUCUGUGGCCCUGGCAACCAACAAAGCACAUAUUAAAUAUGAUCCAGAAAUUAUUGGUCCCAGAGAUAUUAUUCAUACAAUUGAAGGCUUAGGUUUUGAAGCUUCUUUGGUCAAGAAGGACCGGUCAGCAAGCCACCUAGACCAUAAACGAGAGAUAAGACAAUGGCGACGGGCCUUUCUUGUGAGCCUGUUUUUCUGUAUUCCUGUAAUGGGGCUGAUGAUAUAUAUGAUGGUUAUGGACCACCACCUUGCAACUCUUCACCAUAAUCAGAACAUGAGCCAAGAAGAAAUGAUUAGCAUUCAUUCUUCUAUGUUCCUGGAGCGCCAGAUCCUGCCAGGAUUGUCCAUUAUGAAUUUACUAUCUUUUUUAUUGUGUGUACCUGUACAGUUUUUUGGAGGCUGGCACUUCUACAUUCAGGCCUACAAAGCACUGAAACAUAAAACUGCAAAUAUGGACGUACUGAUUGUGCUGGCAACUACCAUUGCAUUUGCUUAUUCUUUGGUUAUUCUUCUGGUUGCAAUGUAUGAGAGAGCCAAAGUGAACCCUGUUACUUUCUUUGACACACCUCCUAUGCUAUUUGUGUUUAUUGCACUAGGCCGGUGGCUGGAACAUGUAGCAAAGGGCAAAACGUCAGAGGCUCUUGCCAAACUAAUUUCACUACAAGCUACAGAAGCAACUAUUGUAACUCUCGAUUCUGAUAAUAUCGUCUUGAGUGAAGAGCAAGUGGAUGUGGAACUUGUACAACGUGGAGACAUCAUUAAAGUGGUUCCAGGAGGCAAAUUUCCAGUGGAUGGGCGUGUUAUUGAAGGACAUUCUAUGGUAGAUGAGUCCCUCAUCACAGGGGAGGCAAUGCCUGUGGCUAAGAAGUCUGGCAGCACAGUGAUUGCUGGUUCCAUUAACCAGAAUGGGUCACUCCUUAUCCGUGCAACCCAUGUUGGAGCAGAAACAACCCUUUCUCAAAUUGUCAGACUUGUAGAGGAGGCCCAAACAUCAAAGGCUCCUAUCCAGCAGUUUGCAGACAAACUCAGUGGCUACUUUGUUCCUUUUAUUGUCAUUGUUUCCAUUGCUACCCUUUUGGUUUGGAUUAUAAUUGGAUUUCUGAAUUUUGAAAUCGUGGAAACCUACUUUCCUGGCUACAACAGAAGUAUCUCCCGAACAGAAACAAUAAUACGCUUUGCUUUCCAAGCCUCAAUCACAGUUCUGUGCAUUGCAUGCCCCUGUUCACUGGGAUUGGCCACUCCAACUGCCGUGAUGGUGGGUACAGGAGUAGGCGCUCAAAAUGGCAUACUAAUCAAAGGUGGUGAGCCAUUGGAGAUGGCUCAUAAGGUAAAGGUAGUGGUAUUUGAUAAAACUGGAACCAUUACCCAUGGAACCCCAGUAGUGAAUCAAGUAAAGGUUCUAGUGGAAAGUAACAGAAUGCCAUGCAAUAAGAUCCUGGCCAUUGUGGGAACUGCUGAAAGUAACAGUGAACACCCUCUAGGAGCAGCCAUAACCAAAUACUGCAAGCAGGAGCUGGACACUGAAACCUUGGGUACCUGCAUAGAUUUCCAGGUUGUGCCAGGCUGUGGUAUUAGCUGUAAAGUCACCAAUAUCGAAGGCUUGCUACACAAGGAUAACUGGAAGAUAGAGGAAAAUAAUAUUAAAAAUGCAUCCCUGGUUCAAAUAGAUACAAGUAAUGAACAGUCAUCAACUUCAUCUUCCAUGAUUAUUGAUGCCCAGCUCUCAAAUGCUCUUAAUGCUCAGCAGUACAAAGUUCUUAUUGGUAACCGGGAGUGGAUGAUUAGAAAUGGUCUUGUCAUUAAUAACGAUGUAAACGAUUCCAUGACUGAACAUGAGAGAAAAGGUCGGACUGCUGUAUUGGUAGCAGUUGAUGAUGAGCUGUGCGGCUUGGUAGCUAUCGCUGAUACAGUGAAGCCUGAAGCAGAAUUGGCAGUCCAUAUUCUGAAAUCUAUGGGCUUAGAAGUAGUUCUGAUGACUGGAGACAACAGUAAAACAGCUAGAUCUAUUGCUUCUCAGGUUGGCAUUACUAAGGUGUUUGCUGAAGUUCUACCUUCCCACAAGGUUGCUAAGGUGAAGCAACUUCAAGAGGAGGGGAACCGGGUAGCAAUGGUAGGAGAUGGAAUCAAUGACUCCCCAGCUCUGGCGAUGGCUAAUGUUGGAAUUGCCAUUGGCACAGGCACAGAUGUAGCCAUUGAAGCAGCCGAUGUGGUUUUGAUACGGAAUGAUCUUCUGGAUGUAGUGGCAAGUAUUGAUUUAUCAAGGAAGACAGUCAAGAGGAUUCGGAUAAAUUUUGUCUUUGCUCUAAUUUAUAAUCUGAUUGGAAUUCCCAUAGCUGCUGGAGUUUUUAUGCCCAUUGGUUUGGUUUUGCAGCCCUGGAUGGGAUCUGCUGCAAUGGCUGCUUCAUCUGUUUCAGUAGUACUUUCUUCACUCCUCCUUAAACUUUACAGGAAACCAACUUAUGAGAAUUAUGAACUACAUGCCCGAGGCCAGAUGGGACAGAAAAGUCCUUCAGAAAUAAGUGUUCAUGUUGGAAUAGAUGAUACCUCAAGAAAUUCUCCUAAACUGGGUUUGCUGGACCGGAUUGUUAAUUACAGCAGAGCCUCCAUAAACUCACUGCUGUCUGAUAAACGAUCACUGAACAGUGUUGGUACCAGUGAACCUGACAAGCACUCACUCCUGGUGGGAGACUGCAGGGAAGAUGACGACAGUGCGUUGUAACAGGCCACAGAGAGUGCUGCUAGAUGAUGUUGUUCUGCACUGACACAGCAUUCAUGGUCACCUUAGCUUUUUAAAAUAUUGCAGGGCUUUAUGUUGGUCUCAUGCUCUUACGUUAGGGAAUCUAUUUGAAUUGCAUUUGUCUAAUGGCAAAAAUAUCUUUUUCAGGGCAUCAGCUCGGAACCUAGCUUUAUUGAAAAUGGAUUUCCAGUAUUUUUUGUUUUCACUAGCAACAGAUAAGGUAGACCAGGGAGGUUUACAAGUCCUACAACUGAAGAUUGCUGAAUUGCUGCUAAAGUCAUAGAUAAUUUUUAUUUGACCAAAAAAAAAAAAGUUCAAGAAAAGAUCAUUGAAAAUUUGAAGAUUUGAGCGCAUAAUCUUGAGGAGAUCCUCGAGCCCUCCCCCCUGCCAGAUUGGGGAGCAACGGCUUUCAAAGCACUGUAUAAAGAAUCCUGUUUUAGAAGCAAAAUGGUAGAAACUGUAUAAAAAUAGACAGGCCUAUUUAUUACAGGCUUUCUUUCCCCCUUCUUCUCCCUGCAUCUUUGUCUUUGCCAUCGCUUUCUUAGAUGCCCCAAUGUGUUUUCUUUUAUUAUGUUCUUUCAAGUGAGCUAAGUGUAGGUGGUUUCUCACUGACAAAAAUAACUGACAACUUUUCCAGUAACUUGUUUGUUUCUUUAUCUUGUAGCUCAAAAGACCUUCAGGGCCUAUAUGGUUCCCUGCUUCCCACCUUUCCAUUGUUGUAAAAAAUAUAUCAGAUUCCUCCUUCAGUGACUCCCUAGCUCUGUGCAAGCUUUCAGUUCACUCCUGCUGGGUUCAGCUAUAAGUUGUUCUUAGUAUCGUCUAUCAGCCUCAGUUCAGAAACUUAAGAUUUUGAGCCACUUCUACAAUUGAUUUUUUUCCAAAGAUUGACACUACCAUGUUUAACAUGUACUGGUCAUAUAAAAUUACCUGGAUUCACUAAAUUUGUCCUUUUCUGGAGAGAAUGCAAGACAUUAGCUGAUAUUUAUAAUUUAAUAGAUUUUAAUUGUCUUUUAUUGUUUUAGAUAAUCUCUCAAAAUGACUUUAAAAUAAUGCUAUUACACAAAGCUGCUUUUACCAAAAAAUACAGUAAAUUGUAAUACAGAAAUGAGAAUUUCCCUAGGUUGUGAUACCUUUUAGCUAACUCUAUAUUUUUCUCUAGUUUAAAACAUUUGCACUUGCUAGUUAGUGUGGUUGGCAUAUUCACGGGCUUGUUCUCAUCAACGUAUAAAUUUAGAAAUCCCCCUGUGAGUGCCUGGGAGUUAAUACACUGGUCAGAGAUCUGGUACUUGUAUCACUAUUUAAAUUAACUUGUUAACUGCAAGGUGGAUUUCAGAUGCAGAAUAUUUAAGUGAAGAAAACUCAUACAUAAAUUCCUAACAUCUAUUCCCAUUGUCAUAUGUAAAGCUGCUAGCACAAUUCCUAGCACAUAGGAUUUGUGCUCAGUAAAUGUUAGUUCUUAUUUCCCCUUGAGGUCAAUGAUAAAUAUCAAAAAUCGCUUUUACAGAGCAGAGUCUAAAAUCAGGUGGGAGUGGGGGAUGGGGUUCUUCCCUCCUUUCCAACUUCCUUUUUCUCUUGUUCUUUCAUAAACACUCAAAAAAGUUUACAACAUAAUUCCAUGCUGACUUUUCAGAUUUGGAAAAGAUCUCAUUUUUAUCUCAGCUAUCUUAAAGACAGAGCUGAAACUUGAUGAAGGUGCUAUUAAUCUAGAAAAGCAAACCAAUUUUAAUGAAAUAUGAAUGAGUUUGUAGGUCUAGGCUCUUUUUAGACCAAUGCCUGUGCCAUCUUCCAUCCUCUCGAUUUGAAUUUUUUUUUUUUUUUUUUUUUGCAGUACGCAGGCCCCUCACUGUUGUGGUCUCUCCCAUUGCGGAGCACAGGCUCCGGACGCGCAGGCUCAGCGGCCAUGGCUCACAGGCCCAGCCGCUCUGCGGCAUGUGGGAUCUUCCCGGAUCCAGGCACGAACCCGUGUCCCCUGCAUCAGCAGGCAGACGCUCAACCACUGUGCCACCAAGGAAGCCCUCAAUUUGAAUUUUAGUAUUUGUUUUUUAUUUUAAUUCCAGUGGCCCGUCAUACCACAACUUGUUUCUUCUAGAAGAAAUAGCUAAUACGACAAAGGUAUAAUAUAGACUUUUGAAAAAGAAGCACCUUUCUCUGUCUCUCUCUCCCUCCCUCCCUUCCUCCCCCUCCUUCUUCCCCUCACUUUCACUCUUCUAUCUCUCUGAAGCACUUGAAUGUAGCCAGUUACUACUUUUAUUAUUUAUUAUUCUGUGUGUGUUAGAGUUGCCAAGGGAUCCACAUGUCAUAGGGCAAUGAGAAGAGCAGCCUAUAUAAUCUGGGAAAAAUCAAGGAUGUAAUUUCAGCCCUUAGUACAGGAACAGAAAACAUGCUGUUUAUAAAGAAUCCUGCUUUAAAUAUCUAUAGCCAUCUUUGAAUUCUCUACCACAAGUCUCUUGCAAUUCUGAACUCCCAUUAGCUUCAUAGAGCAGCUGUAGUCACCGGAGAGAGACAUAUGGAGGGGAUCAAAAACACUGCUUUCAGUUAGUAACUAGCUUUAAGUAAUUAGUUACUAGUGAGAACAAAUUUUAUAAAUGUGUGCGUAUGCAUAUGUGUUUAUUCAUAUCAUAUAUAUAUAUAUAUAUAUAUAUAUAUAUAUAUAUAUAUCACCCAUAUAGAAGGAAAAUGGAUUUAUAUUUGAAUUUGAUAUUAGAAUAUUUGAAGUUCUUUAUUUGUUGUUCCUUUGUCACUCUUUUGUAUUCACUCAGCAACCAUGCCCUCAGUCUGAAGAUAGCAAGGAUGUUUUGAUAUCCAGUGCUGGUUCAGACUCAACUAAGGGGCACCUUUUAUCUUAAAUAUCCAAAGAUGCCUUUUAAAUUUCAAUGGUUAAAACAUAACUGUUUAGUGUUAUAGUCUAAAGAAGUAUGGUUGUCAGUUGUGAAAAUAGAAAUGUUAUUUUUCGUAGUUUAGUAUCAACGUUUUAGGUGUGAGAUUUGAUGCCUUGUGAACAAAUAAUUUUAUAUUGUGCUUCAACUUUUGAAAAGUUAUUCUUUUAUUGGAUGUAUUCUUUGUUCAAAAUGCUUAAAUAGCAUUGUAGGCAAGAGGUUUCCAAACAUUUAAGUGUGCAUAUCUUUUAUGUACACAGCUGAAAAUCAAGAAUGUAUGUUCUUAGAGAAUUGGCUCCACUACUUAUGGAUCUUGCUUUAAAAUUAUUUUUCUUAAUAUUUAUUUUACUCUAUUUUAUUAUUUUCUUUGGCUGAGGCAUCUGGUUACUGGUUGUUUUAAUAAGAAUAAAAACAUUCCUGGAAUCACUCCUUUUGGAUAUUUUUGUUUCUUACUUUUCUCUAUUUUAAAAAUAUUAUUUUACCAAAUAUGAAAAAUGCAGAUUCAUGCCAAAUUAUUAGCUAUUUUCACACUAACUUUCUGUAGUCCUUCUGAAAGUUUAUCUGGUAUGAGUAACCAGAAAAAGCACAAAAGCAUGAAUUAUUGUUCUUCAAUUAAAAGAGCUUCUCUAAUGGCACUGAUAGUAAAUGCCUUUUGUAGCCAAAACCAGGCGUCUCAAACUUAUGCUUUUAGUUAAAGAAGUGUUUUACUAACCAUUGUUGACAUUGAUUGUUUGAUACCCAAAACAGCAGUGGACAAUGUUGUGCAAUAAUCAUCUACUAUAGUAAAGAUAUUCAGUAGUUUGUUUUUCCGUAAGCAUGUAAUUGAUCAUAUAUCUGCCAAGGAUGUGCC